AUGUGAACCAUGCAGGUGGAUGCUGUUCUUGUGCUCUUCUGUGUUUGGCUCGCAGGAACAGCUGGGAGCUUGGCCCAGUCCAGGGGUCACAAGCUGGAGACCUACAAACAGAGCAGGUCACGAAGAGAGACCAGAAUGGAUGGGGGUGGUGGUCAAAAAACCGGAAGCCCAAUUUACAAACGAAGUCCAGACAUGACUAAAUCUUUGAUGACAAAAUCUGAGCAACUCCUGAGAAUAGAAGACCAUGAUUUCACCAUGAGGCCAGCCUUUGGAGGUCCUCCAAUUCCUGUUGGAGUGGAUGUUCAGGUUGAAAGUCUGGACACCAUCUCGGAGGUGGAUAUGGAUUUUACCAUGACACUGUACCUGCGUCACUACUGGAAGGACGAGCGGCUGUCGUUCCCGAGCACCAACAACCAGAGCAUGACCUUUGACAGUCGUCUGGUGAAAAAGAUUUGGGUUCCUGACAUGUUCUUCGUCCACUCUAAGCGCUCUUUUAUCCACGACACCACAACUGAUAACGUCAUGCUGAGGGUUUACCCGGAUGGCAACGUCCUCUACAGUCUCAGAGUCACUGUCACUGCCAUGUGUAACAUGGACCUCAGCCGCUUCCCUCUGGACACCCAAACCUGCUCGCUGGAGAUUGAGAGCUAUGCGUACACAGAUGACGACCUGAUGUUGUACUGGAAGAAAGGCAACGAAUCCCUGAACACGGACGAGAGAAUAUCUCUGUCCCAGUUCCUCAUCCAGAAAUUUCACACCACCACCAAGCUGGCUUUCUACAGCAGCACAGGCUGGUACAAUCGUUUGUACAUCCACUUCACCCUGCGGCGCCACAUCUUCUUCUUCCUGCUGCAGACUUACUUCCCUGCUACUCUGAUGGUCAUGCUGUCCUGGGUGUCCUUCUGGAUUGAUCGCAGGGCCGUCCCCGCCAGGGUGCCACUAGGCAUCACCACAGUGCUGACCAUGUCCACCAUCAUCACCGGGGUCAACGCCUCCAUGCCGCGGGUCUCCUACAUCAAGGCAGUGGACAUUUACCUCUGGGUCAGUUUUGUCUUUGUCUUCCUCUCGGUGAUAGAGUAUGCGGCAGUCAACUACCUCUCCACUGUACAGGAGAGGAAAGAGAGGAAACUAAGGGAGAGACUGCCGUGUACAUGCGGCAUUGGCAACCCUGAUGAGAUGAUGAUCGACCCCCAGAUCACUGGCUAUGGGUCCAUGGAUAUAAACAACACAGGGAAUUAUGGGAUGCCAGAGAACGGUGGUCGCCAGGAUCGAAUGUUGGCCCAGGUGUCGUUGAAUGACCCGCAGAUUGCAAGCCAGGUGAAGCCAUCCAGAGGCUAUGUGAACAUUUGGAUAGACACCCACGCCAUAGACAAGUACUCAAGGGUUGUGUUUCCUGGAGCGUACAUCCUCUUUAACAUCAUCUAUUGGUCCAUCUACUCUUAACCAGGGAUGCAGAAGUAGAUUCUUGUGAGAGUUGUUAAUGAUGAGACUUCAGAAGCUUGGCUCAUUUGUAGAGGAGCAGAAAAAUAACAUUGCAAUUGAUGCUUUUCAGACCCAGAAACUGCACUUAAGAUGCAUGGGGACAAUUAACAGAUUGCCAUUGCCUUCUCAACCCAGCCCCUUAAAACAGAAGAGUUUAUAAAUGAGCUACUGACACAAAGAAAAGUCAUCGCUGUUUUUCACUCCAUCAAAUCUAUGUGGCUUCAUGUUGUAACUAUCAGUGCAGGUGAUAGAAAGACAUUUGGAUAUUUUCGCCUCAGGACUUACUGCACAGUGAGACGCACAAACACGGACCUGUGCAUUUUAACUCGGCGACAUUUCAGUUCUUGAUGCAGUUCUUGAUCCAAAAAAUGUGAACAGAAAACCUUGGCUUAUGAACUAGACUUGACAAUCAAUGGCAAAUUAAAAUACUUUCAGGAAUAGUUUGGCUUAUUUGCAUUUGGGUAGAAAGUUAGAUAACAAAAUGUAUACCACUCACAUGUCUGUACAGUAAUCAUGAAGCUAAAGCAAGAAGAAGGUUAGGUUAUCAACCUCCCACCACCGCUAAAACAGGCUGAGUAAUUGAA